AUUUUGACGGUAGAUAGACGACUGAAUAUAAACAAACAUUACAAACAAAAAAAAACUGAUAAAAACAUCAAAACAAAUCUCCGUGGCAUUAAAAUUAUUCAUAAAUUGUUGCCACUUUAAUUCAGUUGAACGUCAUUCCUUUGUCGAUCUGCAUUUGAAGGCGUAAACUGUGAAAAACAAAUAUUCUGCGACAUGUUAAUUAAAUUAGUCAUUUUUGCGUUCCUAACAUUUUCUGGUUAUGGAACGAUUGAUGGUAAAGUUUUCGACUACCAACCGCAGCAAGUUCAUAUCGCCUUCGGAGACAAUGUCAGCGAAAUUGUCGUUACAUGGUCAACCAUGGAUGAUUCAAAGGAAUCAAUUGUCGAAUUCGGAAUUAAUGGUUACGCCUUAACUGCUACGGGUGAAUCCGUACAAUUUGUUGACGGUGGCGAGGCGAAACAUUCACAGUAUAUUCAUAGGGUUACGUUGAGCAAUUUGUCGCCAGAUUCAAAGUACGUGUAUCAUUGUGGCAGCAGAUUGGGCUGGUCCCCUGAAUUCUGGUUUGUGACAACAUCCGACGAAACAACCGCACCCAUUCAUGUUGCUAUAUUCGGCGAUAUGGGUAACGAAAAUGCUCAAUCGUUGGCUAGGUUGCAAGAAGAUACUCAACGUCGAAUGUACGACGCCAUAAUACAUGUUGGUGACUUCGCGUACGACAUGAAUUCGGAAAAUGCACUCGUUGGUGAUCAGUUUAUGCGACAAAUUGAAAGUUUAGCCGCUUAUGCACCGUAUAUGGUCUGUGCUGGAAAUCAUGAGGAAAAAUAUAACUUUUCCAACUACCGAGCACGUUUCAACAUGCCCGGAAACACGGACAGUUUAAUGUAUUCGUUUAAUAUGGGGCCGGUCCAUUUCAUUGGCAUUUCAACGGAAUUGUAUUACUUCAUGAAUUACGGACUGAAACCAUUGGUUAACCAAUACGAAUGGCUCGAGAAAGAUUUAAUUGAGGCGACAAAGCCGGAAAACAGAAAAGUACGACCAUGGAUUAUCACAUUCGGUCAUCGACCGAUGUAUUGUAGUAAUGACAACGACAAUGACUGUACUCACAGUGAAACGUUGAUUCGAGUCGGGCUACCGUUUACUCAUUUCUUCGGUCUUGAAGAACUUUUCUACAAGUACGGAGUUGAUGUGGAGAUAUGGGCACACGAGCAUUCCUAUGAGCGUUUAUGGCCGAUUUAUGACUACAAAGUUUAUAAUGGAUCGCAUGAAGCUCCGUACACAAAUCCUGGUGCGCCUGUUCACCUGGUCACAGGAUCUGCUGGUUGCAAAGAAGGUCGAGAACCUUUUAUUGGGAAAAUUCCGGAAUGGAGCGCUUUUCACAGUCAGGACUAUGGUUACACUAGAAUGAAGGCCUUCAACACAACCCAUUUGUAUUUCGAGCAAAUUUCUGUGGAUAAAGACGGAGAGGUAAUCGAUUCUUUUUGGAUCAUUAAAGAUUCCCAUGGAGAAUACACCAAAGCUUAAAAAAGUUACCAAAGAAUGGGGGUGCGUAAAAUGUUCGUUUCUCUCGGAUUUUAUUAGAAAAUUUUACUCUUAUCAGAACGAUGUGAUAGAAACAUUUUUGAUUAAAUAAACGAAGUAUGGCUAAGUUUCAUUAGUUAAGUAAAA